CCGGUCGUUAGAGCCGGGCUAUCAUACCAAUUGGCCCAAAUGAUAAUGCUUAGGGUUUUAUAAAUUUUGGUACUUGAAAACAUCCGUAAUUUCGGCUUCACUCUUUCUCUCCCUCUAUUCUCUGCCAUUUCCAAGCGCCCAACAAUGCCUUUCGUGAAAGCUCAAAAAACAAGAGCUUACUUUAAGAGAUUCCAAGUUAAGUUCAAGAGAAGGCGUGAUGGUAAGACUGACUACAGGGCCAGGAAUCGCCUGAUUAAUCAGGACAAGAACAAGUACAAUACUCCGAAAUAUCGGUUUGUUGUGCGAUUCACCAACAAAGAUAUAAUUGCACAAAUUAUAUUCGCUAGCAUCGCUGGUGAUUCAGUUCUUGCCUCUGCUUAUGCCCAUGAACUUCCUCGCUAUGGACUUGAAGUGGGUCUCACAAACUAUGCUGCUGCUUACUGUACCGGGCUUCUUUUGGCUCGGAGGGUCUUGAAAAUGCUUUCAAUGGAUGAUGAUUAUGAAGGAAAUGUCGAGGCAACUGGAGAAGACUUCUCUGUUGAACCUGCAGAGACAAGGAGACCUUUUCGUGCUCUGCUUGAUGUAGGCCUAGUAAGAACUACUACCGGAAACCGUGUUUUUGGUGCAUUGAAGGGUGCUCUGGAUGGUGGACUUGACAUCCCUCACAGUGAGAAGCGUUUUGCUGGAUUCAGCAAGGACGGCAAGCAACUUGAUGCUGAUGUUCACCGCAGAUAUAUCUAUGGUGGACAUGUUGCCGGUUACAUGAAGACAUUGAUGGAAGAUGAGCCUGAAAAGUACCAGUCUCACUUUAGUGAAUUUGUGAAGAAAGGAAUUGACGCAGAAGGCCUCGAGGCAUUGUACAAGAAAGUACAUGCGGCUAUACGGGCUGACCCUACUGCAAAGAAGACUGAGAAGGAGGCUCCUAAAACGCACAAGAGGUUCAAUGCGAAGAAAUUAACGUAUGAGGAGAGGAAAAACAAGUUGAUAGAGAGGCUUAAUGCUCUCAACUCUGCAACUGGAGCCAGUGAUGAUGAAGAAGAUGAAGAUGACGAAUGAGGACAUCUUUGUUUUGAUUAGUUUAAAUUAUUUUAGACGAGUUUCAUCUUAAUUUUUGUCGGAAUCUUUAGUUUUUGCUCUAUGGUUUUGAUAUUUUCUGAUUACUAAAUUUUAAGUUGCUACAUUUAUCGAUUUAUUAAUGCUUUAACACUCUUUUUGGUUAAUUU